CAUUUAACAAUGGCGGAUGAACCUUCUUCAGAUCCUAUCUCUGCUCCGACCAGCCCAGCAUCUCGAUCCUCUCGUGGUCGUGGGAGGCAUGGUAGUCAGAGAGAUGGGCUAACGUCAAGUCCUGGCCGUGACCUGCCGCCAUUUGAAGAUGAAUCGGAAGACCUGAUUGGUCACAGGGAGCAGGAGGAAGAUGUGGACGGCGAGGACCUCUUUGGCGAUAAUAUGGAAAGAGACUACCGUCCCAUUGCCGAGUUGGAUACCUAUGACCCAGAGGCCCUCGAUGAUGAGGCUGACUUUGAUGCCAUGUCGGAAGGGGACCGUCAAGACGCUGAAGCCGCCAUGAGAAAGCGUGACCGUGAACUUGGUCUUGCUAGCGGCCGUAUGAGGAGAGGUCUCCUUUAUGCGGAAUCUGAUGAAGAAGAUGAGAUCCCCAGCAGACGUCGACGUCUGGCUGAGAGAGCUGCUGAAGGUGACGUGGAGGAUGACGAGAUGAUUGAAAGUAUUGAAAACCUGGAGGAUAUGAAGGGCCACUCAGUACAAGAAUGGGUUUCCAUGAUGGCACCAAGAACAGAAAUCAAAAAUAGAUUUAAAAAUUUCCUCCGGACAUUCGUCAAUGAAAAAGGCCAUAAUCUGUAUAAAGAAAAAAUACGCCAAAUGGUGGAAGCCAACAAGGAGAGUUUAGUGGUUGAUUACAACAUCCUGGCAUCAUCUGAACAGGUCUUAGCGUACUUUCUUCCUGAAGCUCCAGCUGAAAUGUUGAAAAUCUUUGACGAGGCAGCCAAAGAAGUAGUCCUCGGAAUGUACCCUCGCUACGACCAGAUUGUCAACGAGAUUCAUGUGCGGAUUGCCGAGUUACCACUAGUUGAAGACAUAAGGUCACUAAGACAACUCCACUUGAACCAACUCAUCCGUACCAGCGGGGUCGUCACGAGUACGACAGGUGUCCUGCCUCAGUUAAGCAUGAUCAAAUACGACUGUAACAAAUGUAACUUUAUCCUCGGACCGUUCUACCAGACACAAAACCAAGAGGUCAAACCAGGCUCUUGUCCUGAGUGUCAGUCUAUCGGACCAUUUGAAAUAAAUAUGGAACAGACUUUAUAUAAAAACUACCAGCGUGUGACAGUCCAAGAGAGUCCUGGGAAAGUACCUGCUGGCCGUCUGCCUCGAUCAAAGGAAGCCAUAUUGUUGGACGAUCUGGUCGACACAUGUAAACCUGGUGACGAAAUUGAACUGACUGGUAUAUAUCACAACAACUACGACGGUUCAUUGAACACCGCCAACGGUUUCCCGGUGUUUGCAACUCUUAUUCAAGCCAAUUACAUCACGAAGAAGGACGACAAGAUGGCUGUGGCGGCGCUGACUGACGAAGACGUCCGUGCAAUUAUUGCCUUGUCAAAGGAUCAGAGAAUCGGUGAAAGGAUCUUUGCCUCCAUUGCGCCAUCUAUCUACGGUCACGAUGACAUCAAGAGAGCAAUUGCUCUGGCCAUGUUCAGUGGCGUACCAAAAAAUCCAGGUGGGAAACACAAAAUACGAGGUGACAUCAACAUCCUUGCCUGUGGGGACCCUGGUACGGCCAAAUCGCAGUUCCUGAAGUACGUGGAGAAGGCAGCGCCACGGGUCGUGUACACCACGGGACAGGGUGCGUCUGCUGUUGGUCUGACAGCGUACGUACAGCGCCAUCCAGUGUCGAGGGAAUGGACGUUAGAAGCUGGUGCUCUUGUAUUGGCUGAUAAGGGCAUCUGCUUGAUUGACGAGUUUGAUAAGAUGAACGACGCCGACCGUACUAGUAUCCACGAGGCCAUGGAACAACAGAGCAUCUCCAUCUCCAAAGCCGGCAUCGUGACGUCCCUCCAGGCUCGAUGUGCUGUCAUUGCCGCAGCUAAUCCAAUCGGUGGCCGAUAUGACCCCUCGCUGACCUUCGCUGAGAACGUAGAUCUGACUGAGCCGAUUUUGUCUCGUUUUGAUAUCCUGUGCGUGGUUAGGGACACUGUGGACCCUGUCCAGGACGAGUUGUUGGCGCGAUUUGUGGUACAAAGCCACGAGAAACAUCAUCCUAAUGCGGUCGCUGGCGAGAACGGCGCUCCUCUGGAACUGCCAAAGCAGACGGACCUGGAGCUCAUUCCUCAGGACAUGCUCAAGAAGUACCUCAUCUAUGCGAAGGAGAAGGCAAGUCCGAAACUCAACCAGAUGGACCAAGACAAGGUGGCCAAGAUGUAUUCAGAUCUCAGGCGCGAGUCCAUGGCGACUGGCAGCAUUCCAAUCACCGUCCGUCACAUCGAGUCCGUGAUCCGAAUGGCGGAGUCCCACGCCAAGAUGCACCUCCGCGAUUACGUCAACGAAGACGACGUCAACAUGGCGAUCCGGAUCAUGCUGGAGAGCUUCAUCAGCACGCAAAAGUUCAGCAUCAUGAGGAGUAUGAAAAAGACUUUCAACCGUUACCUUAGCUUCCGACGAGACAACAACGAGCUUCUUCUGUUCAUCCUGAAGCAACUCGCCCAGGACCAGAUGUCCUUUCAGAGGAAUAAAUAUGGAGUGGACCAAGAUCAGAUCGAAAUCUCUGAAAAAGACUUUGUGGACAAGGCCCGCCAGAUCAACAUUACCAACCUUGCAUCCUUCUUCGACAGUGAACUCUUCCAAGUUAAUCGAUUCCAACACGACGCAAAAAAGAAACUCAUCAUCCAGACAUUAUAAAUGAGACACUUUGAUAAGGUGGGAUGGAUAGCGACAUGCUAAGACCCGCCUUAAAACCUGUCUAAUCUGGGUUUUUUAGAAGAGGAGAAAUCUUCUAACACUCUAUUGAGUGCUCUAUCAUGCCUGGUGCUGCCUGGUGCUGCCUACUUUAGUUUAAAUUCACGAUGGAUGGAUUCAGAAUUGGCGAGAUUUUCAAAUGAGCUCUGUAAAUAAUUCCUUUCCAUGAGCUCUGUAGAUAAUUUUGUUGCAAGAUAUUAUUUGCUUCUACUUAAUCUCAUUUACUGUAACUGCCAGGUCUCUGCGGAUUUUGCAAAUAAUUGUGAUUUGCGAAAACAAAAUUUGUUGUGCCUUCCCAUUCCUAUGUCCUACCAAUUAGAAUCUCGGGUUGCUUUCAGACCCACGUCUUGUGAUGUUACCAAUAAAAAUUCAAAUCAAGUAGAAUCAAACACAUCACUUUGCUCAUCUUUCCCACCCAAGUUAUGUUGUACUUGCACACAAAUCUUCAUUUGAUAAUCAUGUCAGUUUAUGACCUUGUACUUGAUACCAUUUAGAAUCACUGUGCUUUGUUUUGUUAUUAUUGUGUAUAGAUCGUUACUUCAUUUGAACUUUCAUGUAUACAUGUACUUGAUCAUAAUACUGUUGUUGACUAUUUUGCUACAGAUGAAGGGAUAUCACCAAACCAUGUGUUCAAACUGUAAAUAAACCUUUGUAUGCUGCGCAUUUAUACACUUAUACCAAUUAUGAAUAAAUACUGAAA